GCUGCCAGCAGGGGGAGCAGAGGAGCCGCUGACAGACGGGGGACCGCAGAGGGAGAGCAACUGCAUUCACCGUCAGUUUGAGACUUUUUCACCCAGUUAACAGAAAACACCUGGUCUCCAUGGCAACGGGACGCGUGGUGGAGGUUUACCUGGACCUGCUGUCGCAGCCUUGCAGAGCCGUCCACAUCCUGCUGACCCGCACCAAGAUCCCGCACCGGGUCCACAGCGUGGCUCUGCGGAAAGGGGAACACAGAACCUCGGAGUUCUCCAAGCUGAACCCCAUGCAGAAGGUACCGGUGCUGGUGGACGGCGGCUUCGUCCUCACGGAGAGUGACGCCAUCCUGAAGUACCUGGCCACCACGUUCGACAUCCCUGAACACUGGUAUCCAUGGCAACCGGAGCGACGCGCACGCGUGGACGAGUACACGGCUUGGCACCAUAGCAACACCAGACCGCACGCUGCCAAGGUGUUCAUACUGGAGGUAAACCUGAAGGUUCUGCUCCCUGCUCAGCUCGGCGGCCCGGUGGACCAGCGCCGCUUGGACCAGGCCCUGUCGGACCUGGACGUCACGCUGGAGCGGCUGGAGUCCAUGUUCCUGCGGCGCCAGCCGUUCCUCUGCGGCGAUGACAUCACCGUGGCCGACCUGCUCGCCGUCUGCGAGCUCAUGCAGCCUCUGGGAAGUGGGCGGGACAUCCUGAAGGACCGCCCCCAGCUGCGGCGCUGGAGGAGCCGCGUCCAAUCAGCCGUCGGCGAGUCGUUCGAUGACGCUCACGCCGUGCUGUUCGCCGUCAGAGACCGCCGCCGCGCCAGGCUGUGACAUCACCAAGGGGGUGGAGCCUCUUCAUUAGGACCAGAGCACAGUGGACACUGAUUGGCCGACCUAAUGAUGUCAUGUGACAGACCGUGCCUGCCUGGCCCGGUUCUGACCCGGUUCUGAUGAAUAAAGAUGAUUAUUUUCUCCA